AUGGAGAUACCGAUUGCAUCGAGGCGUUCGACAGCCGCGAAAAAGGCCACAGCCUCUUCUUCGCUGAAUGGUGGUGGUGGUGAUGUGAAGACAACAAAUACAGGAGUUGAUGAGCAUAGUAGCGAAACGGGAAAGGUUGAUGGAGAUUCGAAAGAGGCCGAUGCCACAACAACGUCUCUCCACGAUGAGAAUGAUAUGGUUGAUGAGGGCGAGGCGGUGAAUCCGUUCCCAGAAAAAUCACCACCAGCAGCAUCAGCUGCGGAUGGGGCAAAAUCGUCAGGGUCAGGCAUGAAGCCGGUGGUGAAAGCCGAAAGUGAAGUGGACAAAAUAUUGGGUAUGGCACCGAUGAACACGACGGCACAACAUCGUUUCCAUUUGUUCGAUAUGAACUGUGAUAUUUGCACGGGUAAACGAGACCGUGAAUUGGCGCAGCGAAAGCAAAAACGUGAGAAGCGUGAUAGGCGAGCUUCUAGAAGUGGAAACACUGUUGUUGGUGGUGGUGGAGCUGAUCUGACAGCUACAAGUCCAUCGAAGACACCAUCUGCAAUGCAGUUGUUGACAACGGUNAGCUGA